AUGAAUAUCUUCGCAAUUAGCAUAGGCCUUUGUGCCCUGGUCGCAUUUGUUAGUGCUGGUGUGAUAAAAGAAGAUGAUGCGGUUCAAACGGCACAGUCUGCAUUAAAACCAAUAGCAGCAGUAACUCCGGUUGCAACAGGAGAAGUCGCCCCUUUAGCGGUCGCUACGGCCCCUGCUGAAGCUGUAGCUGCUCCCAGUGCUGUGGAUCUGUCAGUUGCCGCCACAGGUCACGGUCACAAAAGCCACCACUCGAGUCAUCACGAAGAGGGAGGUGGCCACAAGCACGACGCUGAACACCAUUCAUCUCACGGAGAAAAAGGCGACAAGGGAUACAAAUCCGAUCACCAUCACGACAAAGGACACCAUGGCAAACACGGGAAACAUCACGAAGCUCAUCAUCACGGUGAAAAAGGUGGUCAUCAUAAACAUCAUCACGAUGAAGGACACCACCACAAGGAACACCACGAAGGUGGUAAGCAUCACAAGGCCGGAAAGUUCGGUGAAAAGAAGGGACAUAAGAAAGGACAAAAAACUACCGGAUAUCAUCACAAAUCGCAUAAAGAUGAAUAUCACAAAGACCACAAAUUCUACGACGAUUAUCACAAAGGUGGACAUCACAGUAAACACGGGGAACACCACGGGCAUCACGGUGGUAAAGAAGGGCACCAUAAAAAGGGAGGAUCUCAUAAGAGUGGAUAUCACGCCGAUCACCACGGCAAGAAAGGACACUCCGAGAAAGGACACCACGACGAGCAUCACAAAGGGCACAAGGGUCAUGGGGGACACGAAAGUCACCAUGCUCAUCACUCAGAUUAUGGAAAGAAAGGUGGGCAUUCUGGAGGGAAGGAAUACGGAUACAGUCAUGGAAAGAAACACUAA